CCUCACAGCUGGAUUAAUCCAGGGCUCGGAUAUCAGGAUAUCACUGAGCAGAGGAAUACUCACUAUAUAUCAGGAAGAUGAGGAUGAGGAGGGUCCUGGUGCUGCUGGGGAUGGUCUCGCUGUGUGUCGCUCAGAAGAAGUGGACCCAGGAGACGUGGGAGAUAAGAGAUAAAUCAGCAGGUAAAAGGUGCUCUAAUCUGACGCAGGUUCUGGAUAACUGGAAAUACGCUAUAAUGCACCAGGUGAAGGACAUGCUAGUGAACGAUCACGCUUCUGUCCUACCUGAGUAUGUGAGGAUCCAGCCGCUGUCGGACGCAGUGGGAGAUCUGUAUAAGCAGUUCGACUCUCUGAAGGAGAAUUUGGCUAAACUCUCCAGUAAGUUCGACCGGGUGGAGAGCUUCGUGGACGAACUGCAGGCUGGAAAACUCCCCAAAUCCUCCUUACGGGUCGCCCCCCAGCGCCCGCCCCCCAGAACCCCCGCCAGAACCCCCCCCGCCACCAGAACCCCCGCCAGACCCGCUCAUACCGGACAGUGGGUCCGGCGGGCGAGGGCCCGGAGAGGCCCCGGCACCUAACGGACUACUGAACUACCAUCUGAUAUCAACUAUUCAGCUUUUAUAUGAGGAUAUAAUAAAGAAAUUAUAAUAUAAUAUAACAUUAUUCAUUAUAAUUACAUUAUUAUCAUUAUUAGGGAUGCAUCGAAUACGGGCCAACUAAAAUUAUUUGCAAAUAUAAGCAUUUUUUGGAUAAAGCGUGUUUGGAUGAAGUUACAAGUUAUACAAAAUAAUUUAUAGCAAACGCUGAUACUGAGAUAUACUGAGUUCUGUAUUGAUUCUGUAUUAGUUCAGUUUUUAUAUUAAACAUAAAAUAAAAUAGUUUAGUUAAAAAGCAAGAGAAAUGUAUAUUUAUGCUAUUUCAUUUUUUUAAAAUAAAGAAAAAGCAGCAAAAUUAUGAAAGACGAAAUGCUUUAUUUAGUUUGGUUUUGAUUGAUUUUGAUUUUGUCCAAAUAUGUACAUUUUUUGAUGCAUCCCUAACUGAGCCAUUCAAACAAAUAACCAUACAGUUUAUCAUCCAUUUCUGUCUGUUUUUCUAAAAAAAAAAAAAAAAAAAUCAGUUAAAUAAAUGUAUUUAAUUUUAAAUAACUUCAAUAUUAAAGGAUUAUCUAAAAAAUGGUCUAAAUAAAGCACAUUUUUAAUUGUUUAAUGUAAAAAAAAGUUCUUCAAAUUAAAGAUUGUCUUUAUGAAUAUAACUUUUAUGCUAAUAAUGUAGCAGUGGAAACAUGGGUGAUUAAUUAUAUAAUUUAUAAUAAAGAAUAUCUGAUUUCUUACACAAAAAGUGGAAAAAUGGUUGAUACUGUAUAUAGUUAUUUCUUUGAAUCGCUCGCUUGUAUUCAUUAUCACAUCUCCAGAAAUGCUAAUGCUAAAAUGCUACAAGCACUACAAAUGCUACAAGGUGGUUAGCAUCCUAGCUAGCACUGCUCAUCACUUUUUAAAAGUUUUAAUUAUGUGUUUAAUCUGUUAGGAGUAUUUUUUUGUAUUUCUGGGUGAUUAUAUAAUAUAAUGCAGGGGAGUGAAUAAAGCUUUGCGUAAAGUGAGUUUAUGAGAAUAUUUACAUAUAAAAUCAGCAGGGCUGACAAUAUUAGCUUUUAAAUAUAUUAAUUCAUAAUUACAGAUUUAGACAACACAAUUCCAUACAGAGUUUUGUAUCAUAAUCAGGAAUAUUUUGUGGUAUUUUCAUUCUUUAGAAACUUUAAACUAAGCUUAAUGUGUGUGUGUGUUAUAUUAUAUUCUGUUCUGUAUUUAAUCCGGUUAGUUAAGUUUUGGUUUCACACUGCAGUUUAAUGAUUAAGCGACUAAACUACUUUACUACAUCCUCUAGUCAUUAUUAAAGAGCCACUAAAAACCCCAUUUUUUUUGCAUUAAUACCUGAAAUGUGUUUUAGCUUUGAAGUAAUAAAACAUACCAGUCCGGUUAAAAAUGAUAUAUAAAUCUUUCUAAAUUUUAAAAAACGCUUUUAUUGUGGUUAUUUUCACCUCUGCAGCGCCCUCUCAGGUUCAGCUGUGCUAUAGAUGAGAAUGAUCACAAUAUGCAAAUCAGUCAAUAAUCAAUAAUCCAGCCCCUCCUGCUGACGUCCAAUCAUAUGUGUCCAAUCAUAUGUGUCCAAUCAUAUGUGUCACGCUACCACUAUCAGAGGCACACUGCUCAGCCCAAUCAGCUCUCUCUCCUGCCCCACCUCUAAACCCAUACAUCAUCCAGUGCCUCUCCCAAACUACUCCUCGCAUUUUUUUUUAUACAUUUUUUAACUUUGAGCUGAGGGUGGAGUCAGCUAAAAUCAGGGGUUUUAGUGGUUAUUUAUAAUUUAUUGAUUGUUUCAGGAAAUUUUACAUUACAUUUAAAAUAUCCAAAUCCACAACAUAUUACAAAAUUAUUUACAAACAUCAAAAUAAAAAUAAAAAAUGCUGAUAAAUGUCUAGAAUUCUUUUUCUUUUGAGUUCUGCUAUAACCUGUUUAAAACUACUUUCACUUGCGCUGUAUAUGAUAAAUCUGUAUCAAAUAACGACCAAAAAGAUCAGAUCUGUGCCACUUUUACCUGCAGUGUGAACGCAGCCUUAGAUACUUUUUUUCAAAAACAGUGAUUUUUUUAUUCAGAUUUAUUCAUAUUGCUUAAGUUUUCAGGUCAUGAUAAAUGUAUGAUGUAUAAUUCCAUUUCAUUUCAUACACAAUAAACAAUUUACAGUGGAAUUCUAA